UCUCUCCCUCACUUUUCCCUCUAUAUAAUCUAUCUCUCUCCACCCUCCUCUUUAAACGCUGCACGUCUUGCACCACGUACACCACCUCUUCAUAUAGCUAGUUAAGGAGAAGAAAAAAGAAAAAAAAAAACCUUAGAACAUCACGUGUAUAUUAUAUAUAUACUUCGAUCUCCUUUAAGAAUACUGCAUAUAAAUAAAUAAAUAAAUAAAUAUAUAAAUAUAUAUAUAUAUAUACAGAUAUAUAUACAAGUGUGCCGCGAAAAUAUGAGUGGCAACUUAUUAAUUCCCCCCGGCUACCGGUUUUAUCCGACGGAGGAGGAGCUUCUGAGCUUCUAUCUCGUCAACAAGCUCGAGAGCAGGCGGCUCGACAUCGAGCGCGUCAUCCCUGUCGUCGACGUUUACACCUGCGAUCCGUCGCAGCUCCCUCCGAUGUCGGGAGACGCGAGCAUUCGGGACCCCGAGCAGUGGUUCUUCUUCUGCCCGCGGCAGGAGAGAGAGACGCAGGGCGGGAGGCCGGCGCGCACGACUCCGUUCGGCUACUGGAAGGCGACCGGUUCCCCGAGCUACGUCUACUCGUCGGGCAACAAAGUGAUCGGCGUGAAGAAGACGAUGGUGUUCUACCGCGGAAGAGCUCCUAACGGGACCAAGACCACUUGGAAGAUGAACGAGUACAAAGCGCUUCGAGAAGAAGCCCUUGGUCUACCAGCUACGGCUCCGAGGUUAAGAAACGAGUUCAGCUUGUGCCGACUCUACAUCAAAACCACCACGUUGAGAUCGUUCGAUCGCCGGCCUCUUAACCCGCCGAAAAGCGAGAUCCGUCCGUCGACAUCCGAAGCUCCGGCUUCGAACACCGACCCCGUGGUUGCGGCGGCCGAGAGAGCGUACUCUCACGACAGUUCAUCCUCAGGUGACGGCGGCGGCUCGCAACAAAUGGCUCCUGAUCAGCAGGGCGCCAUGGAUUAUUGGCAUGAUUUGCUGGAGGAAUUUGAUCAGGAUUUCACUUGGGCUUGAGGAGAAUACUGCGUACACUGCUCAAGAGCCUCAUAUAAGUUUUCACUAGGUCAUUAUGAAAAAGAAAACCAUUAAUUAGUUUUCUUUUUUUUUUUGUUGUAUUUUUUGUUGCAUGAAACAAGAAAAUAAUUU